GUCUUCUAACGCCUGUAGUUUUCCUCUAUUAACGUCUGUCUGUGCGUUUUCAACGCCCUGAAACCAAACUUAGAAAAAUUAAUACCCGGUGACACAACUUCACAGAGAGGAAACUUUCCCCAAGGUGAGGUAAACAUGGCGGAGAGGAAUAACGUUUACAAACUCGACCGUUGAAGCUGAACGAAGGCGCUGUAACUGCCACGGAAGGGGGGAAGUAGUUCAACCAAAACAGUCGGACUGGUCCAGGCAGCGUUCAAUUAUUGUUCAGUACAGUGAGGUGAGAAGACCUCUCUGGAGUUUGGACCGACAAUACAGACGGCACUUCGGCAGACAGGUGCCAUGAGCAGUGAGCUGAAUGUGCCUAUGGGCUCCCCGGCCCCGGGGGCCUCAGAGCGGGCUCCUGAUGGCGGGAUGGACUACAGGGACUGGGUGCGACGCAGCUACCUGGAGCUGGUCAGCUCCAAUCACCAUUCAGUGCAGGCCCUGUCCUGGAGGAAACUUUACUUGAGCCGAGCCAAGCUGAAGGCCUCCAGCAGGACGUCUGCUCUGCUCUCUGGCUUUGCAAUGGUUGCUAUGGUGGAGGUGCAGUUGGAGAUGCAGUACAGCUACCCACCUGUGCUCCUCAUCGCCUUCAGUGUUUGCACCACUGUCCUGGUGGCAGUGCACCUCUUCGCCCUACUUAUCAGCACAUGCAUCCUCCCGAACGUGGAGGCCGUCAGCAACAUCCACAACCUCAACUCCGUCAGUGAGUCUCCGCAUGAGCGCAUGCACUACUACAUCGAGCUGGCGUGGGGUUUCUCCACAGCACUGGGCAUCCUGCUGUUUCUAGCCGAGGUGGUGCUCCUCUGCUGGAUCAAGUUCCUGCCCGUGGACUCCUGCGGGACCAAAAAGUCGACCACCUGUGGCUCUACAGCGACCACACCCUCACAUGUGCCGCAGGACAGCGGCUGGCAGGCGGCACUGGCCUCCACUAUCAUCAUGGUGCCGGUAGGGGUGAUUUUUGUGGUGUUCACCAUUCACUUCUAUCGCUCACUGGUGCGCCACAAGACAGAGCGCCACCACCAGGAGAUUGAGGAACUGCACAAGAUUAAAGUGCAGCUUGAUGGCCACGAAAGAGGCCUACAGACUGUGUGAAAACAUAAGAGCAGCUUUAAAGACUUCACUUUAUAUCUCGUAUUUAUCUCUCCUACACUGUUAUUCAAGCCUUCCUCAGACAGUGAGCUUUAAAGCUCGUCACUCUACAGCACAAACAGCCAGUGCACGUCACUCUGCUAAUUUAUUCUUAAGAUGUUAAGUGUUUGUGUGGUUAGCUUGUCUGUGUUGUAGCUCUGUUAUGAGUUGUCAAGAGACUGUUUAAAAAUGUUUACAGAAAAAGGGCUAAUAUGGAGGGAUGCACCGCUCUGACUCAACAGUUCCAGUACUGACAGGUAUGCUUUGGCUAUCAGCUUCGUCAGAGCACUGAUCUAAUACCAAUCUUUAAUUUAUGAGCUACUGUAUGUGCAUGAAAAGGCAGAAUGACUGGGAGCACCCUUUAAUCUCUAGGUGACAUAAUCUAAACUUUACUUUUCCUUUUUUGUAUUUUUUUUAAUUUGUAAUACUCAUCCACCCCUUAAAACACCAGGCUUACAGAUGCAGUGAGUAGUCGCACAACUUGUUGCAUCCCUGAAACACCUUAAAAACAUGUGAAAUAUCUGCUUACAGGUAACACCAGCUGUGUGAAGAUAGCACCACACCAAACAUGAGGUAGUUAGCAUGAGUAGAUAUAAGAAUAGUAAACAGAUUGUACCAGGAUUUCCACUGGUGUCACUUGGAAGCAGUCCUUUUUAAAUUCAGUAUCAGACCCACUCCUGUAGAAGGUUGGUGCAUCCCUACUGGUUUGUUCUGCGUGCCAUUUUUUUGUGCCAUGUCUGCUUUCAUGGAAGGGUUUGGAUAUGAUUGCUGGUUUAGUUUUAAUCUCUUUCAGAUUUGAAGAUUGUCUGAAUUCAGAUUGUAUUCCCAGUCAAACAAAUUUCUUACUGAAUCUUUUACCAGCCUUCACUCCUUUACAACAAAGAGCUGCCUUCACUUUAAACUGUAGAAAUGGGGAACUAAAGCUGCCAUAAAACAUUAAUUAAUAACCUGGGCUUUUUUUUUUACUUCAGUAUAUGAUAUAAACCUGCUUUUAUUUGUCAAAAUAUAUAACAACACCAAGCAGCAACCUCUGGUGUAAAAAAUGCAAACCAAUGAGUCAGUAUCAUGAUAAUUAUUGGAAUUAUGAUAAACUAAAGAAACUAUUUGCUUAGAUGUUUGUAAAAAAGUGAACCAUGUGAACCAUCAGUGAUGAGCAUUGCUUAAUUGCAUCACAUAUUUUUGUUUACUGGAUGAAUUCAAACCUUUGCAAUGUGUUUAUUACAACAGCUCAUUUUGCAAUAAUUUUCUGUUCCUUUCUACUUCAUACAAUCAAGGGGUACCACCGGGCCAUGCUUUUAUUUGAAGUUUUAAUGCCAAAUGCAACUUGACUUACCUCUGCUUCAGACACAGGGUAGGGAUGGGUGUUGUUUGGGGUUUUUUUCUGAUACCAGUGCCAAUCAGUACUUUGUAUACAAUGUCGGUGCCCAGUGUUAAUUUCGUCGACUAAAAAUGUCCAUCGACAGCCUUUUUUUCCAUGACAAAAACGACACUAAGACUAACAAAAAUAGAUCUGAUGACUAAAACUGACAAAAAGUAAGUUUAGU